UGUUCUGAAUUAUGUCGGGAUUGCUGAAUGGAUUUUACUGUAACAGACAAUGACACUGACCUUAACCAGCUGUUUUUAGGUUUCCAGGUGUUAGAAUCAGCAUCUCAUUAUUGGCCUCUGGAUACAGUGACUGGACUGAACGAGCUGUGCAAUGUGAAUGGAAGUCAAACAGUGCUCCGAAUCCACAAUUUCACUGUGCUUCCUUCUUAUUCCUCUUCCUCUGUCUACACCAUUGACUCUGCCUUCUCUAACCUCUCGACAAUUGUAGAUAUUGUCGAGGGAGUGGUAAAAAAGGGAAUCUAUCUCAAUGGAAAUACAGGUGGUACAUUCCUACACUUCGGCAGUUACAAAAACUCCUGCAUUAGUGACCCAGCACAAUGCAGUGAUGCAGGUGUGACGUUCUCUUUCUUUUGGAAGAACCUGGAGAAGAGGUCUGGGUCCACCAUCGCCUCGGGGGGAAAGGUGCUGUCCAGUGGAUUCUCCAUCUAUGCCAAUGUUGAUGGAGGCUAUAUAGAAUUCUACACACGUAAAACCUUACAGAAAUGGAAAGCAAUGAUCAGCCCACCAGGUCCUGAAUGGACACACAUUCUGUUCACAUGGACCCCUGGAGGUGGUCUAAAGAUUUAUGUUAAUGGUACGUUCAGCACCAACGAUACGCGUGGGGAGAUAGCUGAGGGAUAUGAAAGUCCGAAUGCUAACCUGGUGGUGGGCACAAAGAAUGAGCAAUCAUACCGUCGCUAUGUGACCGGAUCAUUCGAUGAGUUUGUGAUUUGGGAGCGAGCACUCUCCCCCCAUGAGAUUCAACUCUACUACAAUGCGACAACAGGGCCCCAUGGUUGUCAAACUGAGAGUGUCUCCCUGUCACCCCAGGGGCAUUUGGAUUCUCGUCCUCUCACAACAGAUGUUCCACUGUCUACAGUUGCUGCUUCCCCCAGGACAGUCACUCGUGAAAAGGAAACAGAGAGUCGCCAGUCUCCAGUCACCCCUGAUGGCCUCCUGGAUUCCUCCUUAGUCCUCCCCAAUGAAACAUUGCCACAUUAUACUGCCUCCAAUCUGACUGAGAACUUUCUGCAGACUGUCAGUGAAGUUCUGGCGUUGCCCAGUUGGAGUGGAACAGCAGAGUCAGUGACUGUGGUCAGUGGUUUGAUUGACACGGUCGACAAAGUCAUGAUUAGAGUGGCCAGCAGCCUGGAGGGAAGCCCCAGCUCAGCUGUCAGCAUUGAGGGACGGUCUGAUGUCGCAGAUUACUCCUUAGUUAAAGUUCCAGAUGGCUCAAGUCUGACCAGUUAUCGGUUCCCAGCGCGAGGAAUGAGCUUCAUCUUGGUCCCGGGGGAGGCUUUCCACAGGAAAACUCAGACCACCAUUGUCGGCUUACUGUACCAUACUAUGCACCAAUACUACAAGCAGAUUGACCCCCUGGAAACCAAAAUCAGUGAAUCAACACUUCACAAAGAACACAAAAUCACCGUGAUGAGCUACAUCAUCUCCCUGAAAAUGGAACCCCCUCCAACACUUUCCCACAACCUAUCGGGAUCACCUCUCACCACCUUAACCCUGAGGCAUGUGCUGACACCAGGACAGUAUCAAUUCGCCCUGAACAAAACCAACCAGGUAUACCUGUGGUGUGCCUUUCUUGACUUCAGCUCGGGCUCUGCUGUCUGGUCGAACGAAGGCUGCAUUCGGAUUGGUGGGAACAUUUCCUACUCGGUCUGCCUGUGUAACCACCUCACCAACUUUGCCAUCCUCAUGCAGGUGGUCCCCCUAGAGCUGGAGCAGGUACACCAGGUGGUGCUCUCUGCUAUCACAUAUGUCGGCUGUUCCCUCUCCAUUGUUUGCCUGAUGGUCACUCUCAUCAUAUUUGCUGUUCUCUCGUCGGUGAGCACGAUCCGUAACCAGCGUUACCAUAUCCACGCCAACCUCUCGUUUGCUAUUCUUGUGGCUCAGAUCCUACUUCUGAUCAGCUUCCGAUUUGUGCCGGGCACGCUGCCCUGCAAGGUCCUGGCUAUCCUCCUCCAUUUCUUCUUCCUCAGUGUCUUCUCCUGGAUGUUGGUUGAAGGUCUCCACCUCUACAGCAUGGUCAUCAAAGUAUUCGGUUCCGAGGAGAGUAAACAUUUCUACUAUUAUGGGAUAGGAUGGGGCUCACCUUUGGUGAUUUGCAUCGUGUCUGUCACCUCAGCAUUUGACAGCUACGGAAAUGCAGACAAUUGUUGGCUGUCGAUCGAGAGGGGAGCAAUCUGGGCGUUUGUGGCCCCAGCACUGUUUGUGGUGGUGGUAACUAUCGGCCCAGUCAUUGGGGUGGCGAGGCUGCUAAAUAAGAUAACAGCCCAUGUGAGUUGUGCUCACAUCUUUGCUUUCCUUUACAGAUUAACAGCCAAAGCGGUGGCUGUGUUGCUGCCAAUAUUGGGGAUAUCCUGGGUGUGUGGAGUACUGUCACUCAAUAACUACGCCAUCGUCUUUCAGUACAUCUUUGCAUUGUUCAACUCUUUCCAGGGAUUUUUCAUCUUUCUCUUUCAUUGUCUCCUGAAUUCGGAGGUGAGAGCUGCUCUCAAACACAAGACAAAGGUCUGGUCUCUCAAUAGUAGCUCCAUGCGUAAUGUCAAUGUGAAACCUUUCAAUUCAGACAUUAUGAAUGGAAAUCGAGCGAUCACUACCCCGACCAAACUGAACACGUGGGAGAAGAGCACGGAGUUUGGGAAUCGAAUGGACCUGUCCGCAGUGUGACCAUCGUCCCCCUGCCUCGACCAACCAACAGCCGAUACAGUCUCCAGUCUCAUCACUGCACCCCUCCAAAUACUGAUCCGCACUCACUGAAACUGGCCCAACCGGAAAGGAAGGAACUGUUGACUUAACUCUCUCUUAUAAAACUCAAAGGAAAGGAACUGAGACAUGAGGUAUUUAUUACACCAGACAGAGUGGGACAGGGUGAUGGGGAUGUAGGUUAGUGUCCCUCUGGAUGGUGAAACCCAUACUCCAGGAAAGCACGAUGAGCUCAGCAGUUAUCCUGAAAGCCCUUUCCCUGAUGGGGGUACCAUCUGUACCCACCUGAUACUUAAUGUGACUCUUGGUUUUGCCCCUUUUGUGUUGGGGAUCAUUUUGUGAAUUCUUAAGCAAUUACGACAAGCACAUAUAAAGGUGUACUGCAAUUUUAAACUAACUACAUUGAGUGUAAAAUGAUAAUUGUUCCUCUUUAGAAGCAUGCAUAGCGGGUGUCAGAGGAAUUACGAAAUCUAUGUGUUUUUGGUGGGAAUUUUAUAUAUUGUUUUAUUGUGACACAGGUCUAAGACUGAAGUAUGUUUUCUUUCUGUAUAUUUUUCCGAUAUCUGACGUUUUUUUCUGUGUUAAGAGGCAAAGUUUUCUCCACAACAGAUUCUCUUUUUCCAAAGCCAGUCUUGUUCUUCAGUCUCUCUCUUGAGGUUAGAAUCUACUUUGUUUAAUUUUAUGGAGGCUCCUUUUAGCAGCAGUUGACAGAUCUGAUGCUGGGAUGCUUUGGUGGUUUGGUUAGUUCAACCAGACCGGGGCUCAGCCAUGUGGCCCAGGGAGCAAGUCCCACCGACAGAGGUAGGCUGGAAUUCUUUAUCCUGCCAAUUUGGGGGGUGGGGGGGGGCGAGG